AUGUUCCUCCCAAGAGUCCCAAGUAUUACUGUAGACAGCAAUGUCAUCCAAGUUCAUCUAUUUGCCAAGUUAGAAAAGUGUGAGUUUAACAAAUAUACUGAGUUUCUGGGCUUCAUUAUUUCCAAUUAUGGUAUUCAUAUGGAUAAAAAGAAGGUUAAUGGACAGAUGAAGGAGGAGCUUGAGAAGGAGGAAGAGAGAAAAGUAACUCAGGUGGGAGGCAAAGAGACUGGGGGAGAGAUGGACACAGUGGACCAGAUGCAGGAGGAUCACAGAGGAGAAGAGAAGAGAUUUCAGAAUGAGCCUCAGACUUUAAGCAGCAGGAGUUUCUCCUCAGGGCGACAUUACUGGGAAGUGGAGGGCAGUGAAUCAGGGGAGUGGAAGGUAGGGGUGGCCUAUCCCAGUAUAGAGAGGAGAGGGUAUCAUUACUGGAUUGGGCAGAAUAACAAGUCCUGGUGUUUGUACAGAUGGGAUAAUAACAGAUAUUCAGUGAUACAUGACAAUAAAUGGACAGAUUUACCCCACGUCCCUUCCUGCAGGAGAAUCAGGAUCUCAUUGGACUAUGAGGCCGGACGUCUGUCCUUUUAUGAGCUGAGUGAACCAAUCAGACACUUACACACCUUCACUGCCACAUUCACUGAGCCCCUCCAUGCUGCAUUCUUGGUAUUUGGGGCUGGUGCCUGGGUGAGAAUCAUUAGAGAGAGAGAAAAAGGAGCUGAAGUACUGAAACUAGAGACAGACAGACAGAUAACAGACAGAGAGAAGUUGGAGCCAGAGACUCAGAUGCAGGAGGAGGAUGUUGUGUCUCAUUUAAUCCACAAGGGGGAGACAGAGAGGGAAGAGUUGGUCCCAGAGACUCAGAUGCAGGAGGAGGAUGUUGUGUCUCAUAUAAUCCACAAGGGGGAGACAGAGAGGGAAGAGUUGGUCCCAGAGACUCAGAUGCAGGAGGAGGAUGUUGUGUCUCAUAUAAUCCACAAGGGGGAGACAGAGAGGGAAGAGUUGGAGCCAGAGACUCAGAUGCAGGAGGAGGAUGUUGUGUCUCAUAUAAUCCACAAGGGGGAGACAGAGAGGGAAGAGUUGGAGCCAGAGACUCAGAUGCAGGAGGAGGAUGUUGUGUCUCAUAUAAUCCACAAGGUGGAGACAGAGAGGGAAGAGUUGGUCCCAGAGACUCAGAUGCAGGAGGAGGAUGUUGUGUCUCAUAUAAUCCACACGGGGGAGACAGAGAGGGAAGAGUUGGUCAGGCAGAUCCCUGACAUGGAGGAGAUGUGUAACAUGUGCGAUACAUUGUGUUCCUUACUGGCACAGGAAUCACAUGGAGCUGCACUGUGUGGGGCUGAGGGGGCACAUAAUGAGGGGGGCACAGAUGGGAUAAUGGACCCUGGAUUGGCUCAUAUUGUGCUGGGUAUAAGGACACUGAUCUAUGGGCAGGAGGCUACAGACCUGUUACUGGAUAUAAACACGGCUCAUAAUCUUGUAUCUGUAUCAGGGGACAGGAAAUCUGCUUCCUACUCACUAACAGAACUACAUUACCCACAAUCCCCAGAGAGAUUUCAGCUUUAUCCUCAGACUUUAAGCAGCAGGAGUUUCCCCUCAGGGCGACAUUACUGGGAAGUGGAGGGCAGUGAAUCAGGGAAGUGGGGGGUAGGGGUGGCCUAUCCCAGUAUAGAGAGGAGAGGGGAUCAGUCCUGUAUUGGGAAUAAUAACAAGUCCUGGUGUUUGUACAGAUGGUAUAAUAACAGAUAUUCAGUGGGACAUGACAGUAAAUGGACAGAUUUACCCCACCUCCCUUUCUGCAGGAGAAUCCGGAUCUCAUUGGACUAUGAGGCCGGACGUCUGUCCUUUUAUGAGCUGAGUGAGCCAAUCAGACACUUACACACCUUCACUGUCACAUUCACUGAGCCCCUCCAUGCUGCAUUCUGGGUAGGGUGGGAUUCCUGGGUGAGAAUCAUUAGAGAGAGAGAAAAAAGAGAUGAAGUACUGACACUAGAGAGAGACAAACAGAUAAGAGACAGGAAGGAUCUGACCCCAGACAUAGAGAAGUUCUACCUAAAGACUCAGAUGCAGGAGGAGGAUGUUGUGUCUCAUAUAAUCCACAAGGUGGAGACAGAGAGGGAAGAGAUAGAACAGUCAAUACAUGAAGUGUGUAAUCUGUUUGAUACAUUAGUUGUCUCACUGGCACCAGAAUCAGAAGGAAUUGAGGGGGCACAUAAUGAGGGGGGCACAGAUGGGAUAAUGGCCCCUGGAUUGGCUCAUACUGUGCUGGGGUGGGAUACCUGGGUGAGAAUCAUUAGAGAGAGAGAAAAAAGAGAUGAAGUACUGACACUAGAGAGAGACAAACAGAUAAGAGACAGGAAGGAUCUGACCCCAGACAUAGAGAAGUUCUACCUAAAGACUCAGGUGCAGGAGUAG